AUGCUAUUUCCCGUACUUGGCAUGGCCUCCAUGGCGAGUGCUCAUACCCUCUUCACCACACUCUUCAUCAAUGGCGAGAACCAAGGUGAUGGGACGUGCGUUCGUCUGCCAGAGGACCCUCAGACGGCGACGUACCCCAUCUAUCCGCUCCAAGGCGAGGAGAUGGCUUGCGGCUACGACGGCGAAGAGGCAGUGCCGUAUACCUGCUCAUCCCCCUCGGGAGCGCGCCUGACCUUCGAAUUCCGCACGUGGCCCGACUACGAGAACCCCGGCAGCAUCGACGACGGUCACAAGGGCCCCUGCUCCGUGUACAUGAAGAAGAUGGACGACAUGGACUCGGACUCUGCCAGCGGCCCGGGGUGGUUCAAGGUCUGGGAGGACGGCUUCAGGGACGACGAGUGGUGCGUUGACCGGCUCGUGGCCAGCGGGGGCAUGCUGUCGAUCGACCUGCCAGCCGGCCUGGAGCCGGGAUACUACCUCGUGCGCCCGGAGCUGCUGGCCCUGCACCAGGCGUACCGCGGCGACCCGCAGUUCUACGCCGGAUGCGCGCAGAUCUUCGUCACCGACGGUCCGGACGGUGGCGGUCCGGGCGCGGACGAGACCGUCAGCAUACCCGGGUACGUGAGUGCCCAGGACCCCGGCUUGUCGUUCAACCUGUACGAGGGGGACGCGACGAGAUACGAGAUGCCCGGUCCGGCCGUGUACGGCUCCGGCGCCGGUGCCCGUGCCGCCGCCGCCGGUGGCGGUGGUGUUGCGUUGAAGCAGAAGGAGGGCGCGGUGCCGGGCGAUUGUCUGGUCAAGAAUGCCAACUGGUGCGCCAGACCGGUGCCGGAGUACGAUGACGAGGACUCAUGCUGGGAUGCCGCCGACGACUGCUGGGCGCAGAGCAAGGCGUGCUGGAGCACGUCGCCCGUCACGGGAUCCAGGAACUGCGGUGUCUGGGCCGAUUACUGCGCUGAGACGAACGACCGGUGUGAGUCCGGGGGCCGGGAGAGGCUGGCGUUUGGCGGGAAGGAGUGGCAGGCCCCGCUGCCGGCUGCUAUACCUAAGCCGUGGUGA